CUUGCACGAGAUUUAAAAGCGGGAAAAUAGUUCUCUGUUUAUUUAUAAUCAAUUUUGAUUUUGUUCGCACAUAUUUAAGGUUGUUUGGUAUGUGGAUGUGUCGUAUUGACAUUUAUUAGUAGUGUAGCAAACAGGCAACAGAAUGUUCAAUAUACUAGUGGGGUUGACAUCAAAAUGGUCCUUCAUGGUGAUACUAUUGUUGAUGGUUUUAUCCCUUGAUAGCAGCAGGUGUCAGGAUGACGAAGAAGUUGUAAGUGCUGGCCUUGAAUUAGGAAAGGAGAUCACGGAACUGCUAGGAAAGAAAGAAUUUACAACGACUUUAUCACGGAUCGCAAAAAAUAUUGGUCCUUUUCUUGGUGCAUUAGGUCCAUUCGUAGGAUUCGUUUUGGCGUUCUUUCCAUCCGAAUCCAUUGAAUCUGAAGAGUUGGCUUACAUGAAAAAUAUGAUGAAGAUUAUCGACCAACGUUUGGAUAAUAUCGAUAAUCGAUUUAACGAUAUCGAACGAUUGAUUCAAUGGAAUGUUGUACAGGUGAACUUUGGCCAACUAGAACAAAGGAUAAGGGCAGUUUCACUAGAGUUUGAAUAUAUUUAUGACGUUCCAGAGCCUGCUGUGCAAAACAGGAAGGAGUUAUUUAUAUCGAGUUAUGAUAAUGAUUAUCAGAAUAGUGGAAAUAAAUUGUAUCAAGCGAUUGUCCAACGACAAGGUGUUUUUCAAGAAGAUCUUGGUACUUCCGUCUUGCGUUAUACCGGAUAUGACCGCAAAAUGACGCAGCUGUUUCUUCUAGGAGUUAUGCAACUUCUUUUGCAAGCUGUAAAAGUAGAAUUAGGUUACCUUCUAGUUAAUCAAUAUAAUCACAAUGCAGAUUAUAUGAAGUUGAAGUGGGAACAAAGAAUAAAAGAAGUGAGUAACAAAUUCGAACAAAUUGACGAUCAGUGCGUACAAAAUUAUCACAAAUAUUCAGGAAAGGAUAUUGACGAUUUUUCUUCUAAAAAUAAUGGUAUAGACAGAAAUUUUUCCGAUAAACUUUACGAAUUGUUACAAAAGAAAUACUAUUGGAGAACCUGGAUUGUUGUCUCAAUGGACCCAAUUGGCGGUGACAAAUUUUGGGUUGAGGUUAGUGGAGGACACAUCAGAUUUAAGAAAAAUGGGAGGAACAUAGCUGUGGCGAGUUAUGACGAGAACAACCAAAUCCUAGAUUAUAAAAGAGCUAUUCGAGACAUGAAAAAUGUACAAUUGACAACUCGUGUUGGAAGUUGGUGGACAGGAUAUAAGAACGUCCCUCGUCCGGCACGAAAUAUCGGUCGUGAUUUAUAUAAAACAAGUGCCUCAUUGGUUAUGGUUGUAAGUUGUUACUCAUAUUAUUCUGUCAACUUCGUUUACCAAUAUCGCAAUUGGAGAGGCAAGGUCGACAGAUGCCCCUAUUAUGAUUUCUUGAUGUGGGGUAGGAUGGAGUAAAAGUUCGUACACAGAGCGGUUUUGUUACUCGUAUGAUCAAAUGAAAUUGUACAAUAUAAACAAUUCAAUGUACAAAAUGUAUGUGUCAUUAUCAUACCAUUUUGUUUAAAGAACAUACUAUGUUUUUGACGCUUUCAUAUGGUAAAUUUACUGUUGAAAAAUAUUUUGUAUGAUAGCAUUAUUUAUAUAAAUAUUCAUUACUUAUCGA